AUGUCCUUCAACGACUCCGGGUCCGAGUAUUCGUACUAUUCGUAUUCUUCGGCCGGGUAUGCUCAGCGAGACGUCGAUGGCUCUGCUCCCCGAUACGCUUCCAGCAUCCAUUCCUAUGCCGCUUCGUCUUCUGCUUCGCAAGCAUCCGGACAUAGCUCCGGCAGUGGCAGCCAGAGGUACUAUACCCACACGCCAGUCACCGGCUUCUCGUACGACGAGUAUCGUAUGCCUCAAACGUACUCUGAUACUCCACCUCCGUCAACGCACACUGCACUCAGCACCUUCCACCGAGGUGUCCAGCAGCAACAGACCGCUGCCCUGCCAAGCAGACGCAUGCUGCAUUGCGAAUUUCAACCUUGGACCGGCUGUCAGCAACAGUUUCGACUUGACGACGUCGGUGCCUGGAUUAGACAUGCCGAGGACGAGCAUCUGCAACGCAUGUUCCCCACGGAAUGCAUUUGCUGGUUUUGCGACGAUAUUGUCUUCAGCACCCAACGUUGUUCCGACGCUGGGCUGAACUUCACCCAACGCAUGGAACACAUCGCGGGCCACAUCAUGGACGGUGAUCAUUUCGAGCACAGGCGACCCGACUUCCACUACCUCGACCAUGUAUACAGAGUCGGAAAGAUAUCGCGCCAGGCGUUUGAGCUAGCUAGAGGAGCCAGUGAGGGUCCCCGAACGUCGGGGGUUCUGCACCCAGCGGGUUGGAGGCCAGCCAGCCGUGAGGCAGCAAUCGUCGUGACGGGGGGCGGUAGACGACGGCCUAGGGAGCGUCGUUCUUGA